GUUUUCCUCGCGUUCCCGUCGUUAUCCCGGUUGUUAAUGCGAGGAUCCAUUUCUGCUUCCUGGAUGUGUGCGUGUAGCUGUUUUCAUUGAAUCAUGGAAUGGUUUGGGUUGGAAGGGAUUUUAAGCAGUAUCUAAUGCCAAGCCGUGGCACGGACAGAGAAGCUGGGGCUGCCCUAUUCCUGGCAGUGUCCAAGGUCGGGUUGGACACUGAGGCUUGGAACAAGCUGGGAUAGUGGAAAGUGUCCCUGCCCAUGGCCGGGGUUUGGCACAGGAUGGGCUUUGAGGUCCACCCCAACCUUUUCCCAUUCCGUAAAUUCAUGAGCAAACCACGGCCCAGCGCCCAAACCCGAUAUGGCUCCUCCUCGGCCUCACCUGCCCUACUCCAAGGUGGCGGCCGCCGCGUCGGGCGCUGCGUGCUCCGCCUCUCCUCCCGCCCCUUCCCCCGGUGCGGGAACCGCGGCAGGAGCCGGCACGGAGCCGCCGUUUCCCCGAGGAGAAGGCGAAAAGCGCGGGAGAGCCAUGACCGCACCGCAGCGCGGCAGCGACGCGCGGUAAGCGCUCCCGCAGGAAUCUUGUCUCCUCCCGGCUGCCGUAGCGCCCUUCCCGCCUAAACGCGGCGGGCGCGGCCGUGAGGGGCCCCGCGGCCAUGAAGGCGCUGCGGCGGCUGAGCCGGCACCGCACCGCGCUGGGGCUGGGCGGGCUCUGUCUCUGCGCCGCCGUCCUGCUCUACCUCGCCAAGUGCACCUCCGAGGGGCUGCGCCCGCUGCCCGCGCCCCCCGCGCUCCCGCACAGCCAGCCCGGCCGGGGAGCCCGCGCCGCGCCGCCGCCCGCCCCUGAGGGCAGCGCCUUGGUGGCCGUGGUGGUGAUGAGCGGCCCCAAGUACAGCGAGCGGCGCAGCAUCAUCCGCAGCACCUGGAUGGCGGCGGCCAGGCAGGCUCCUCACGGCCACGUCUGGAGCCGCUUCGUGGUGGGCACGGCGGGGCUGAGCGCCGAGGAGCUGCGGAGCCUGGAGCUGGAGCACAGCCGCCACCGCGACCUGCUGCUGCUGCCCGAGCUGCGCGACUCGUACGAGAACCUCACGGCCAAGGUGCUGGCCACCUACGUGUGGCUGGACGCGCACCUGGACUUCCAGUUCGCCCUCAAGGCCGACGAUGACACCUUCGUGCGCUUGGACGUGCUGGUGGAGGAGCUGAGGGCCAAGGAGCCGCGGCGCCUCUACUGGGGCUUCUUCUCGGGCCGCGGGCGGGUGAAGGCGGGCGGCAAGUGGAAGGAGAGCGCCUGGCUGCUGUGCGAUUAUUACCUGCCCUACGCGCUGGGCGGCGGAUACGUGAUCUCCGCCGACCUGGUGCGCUACCUGCGCCUCAGCAGGGACUACCUGAACCUGUGGCAGAGCGAGGACGUGUCCCUGGGGGUCUGGCUGGCGCCCAUCGAUGUGAAGAGAGUGCACGACCCGCGCUUCGACACCGAGUACAAAUCGCGAGGCUGCAGCAACAAGUAUAUCGUGACUCACAAGCAGAGCAUCGAGGACAUGCUGGAGAAGCACCAGACGCUGGCCAAGGAGGGGAGGCUGUGCAAGGAGGAGGUGAAACUCAGGCUUUCCUACAUGUACGACUGGGGAGUGCCUCCCUCGCAGUGCUGCCAGAGGAAGGAUGGCAUCCCCUGAAAGCUCGGGGUGAUGGGCUCUGCUUGCUGUUACACGGGGAGAAUCCCAUUAACCAGGGGUUAAUUAAUCUUCAAAAGAUUUUGCACGACUCAUUAUUCUGUCACCCUCUCCCCGGGACACGCUGCUGAUGAGGCGUGCUUAAAAAAAACAAAUAAAACAGGUGACAGAAAGCACAGAAAAAGGUCCAAUGCCAGGAUUGAAGGCAAAUAAAAGAUGGCAAAACACAGAGAGCAGAAAAAAAUCAGCGGGGAGAGACCAGAAUGAAAAGCUUGAAGGGAUUCUGAGGUUUCUUUGUAAAGGUCACGCUGAGUUUUGGUGCUGAUCAGACUGAAAGGAGGCUGCUGUUGAUUCCCUGGCGAGGAAAUGCCAGCUUGGCACAGAGGGAAGAGCCCAGGCUGGGCACGGAUCACUCCCCAGGGAGCAGCUCCGUGCCAGGGGCAGGAAAAGGGCUCAGCCUUCCUGGGAUCCCUGCAGGGAGAGGCACAGGACACGAUGAUUCAAUCUGACAUUUAUCUCUUUAAAAAGAUUAAAUUUGUCUUAAUUGAU